AUGGAGCCAUCACCCAAGCGGACGCGGCUGGAGCCGGACCUGAACGGGCAUGAGCCUCCACAGCCACUGUAUCAAACGGCCUACCUGGACGCUGCUCCGACGAUCGGCAUUGGAUUCUAUCAUGUUACCUGCGUCAACCUAGCCGCAGCCCCACAGCAACUUGAACUGAAACUAAGGUUUGUGCUCAGUCAUCUCAAUGCACGUGGCUACGUGCGCCGAUGUCCACCGGUGCCCCUGAGCAUCGCUGCCAAGCUUCGAGAUGCCAAGCGACAAGGCCAGGACUGUCACAUUCCAGGCGAUCUGCUGGCAAGCAACGUGCCAGCCCGUGCCUUGUCCGAUCCUCGUUAUUGGUUCUCCAUCCCGGGGGUUCUCAAGCUCGUGGAAAACUCGGGCUAUCGUGCCGCCUCGCAGCCUCGCAAUAUCGACGUCACCUUGCACGAGUACCAGCUGCAGACCUUGGCAUGGAUGAUUGACCAAGAAAAGGAUCCCCUGGGGCUCAACGGGCGCUUUUGGGAGCAACAUGUCAUUUUGAGGCCCAACAAGCCUUGGUGUCGCAUCGGGCCACAAGUUCAUUCCUUUUGGCAGAGUGAGGUGACCGAGCAUUGGAAUAACUUUGAUGAAGAUGUGCUGAAAACCGUUCAAACCUUGUUAGGACACAUCAUGAUGCGCCACUCCAAAUCACAAACCGUCAACGGUCGUCCCAUCAUUACCCUUCCACGGCGCACCGUUGUUGAGGUGCCUUUGGUUUACAUGACCAGCUCAGAGGAGUACGUGUACAAGUAUCUCGAGGAGCGUGUGAUUCAACUCUGUCGACAGCCCCACAGUGGGCGCAAUUUGCUCGUCGCCUUCAAUCGAUUGCUGCUGUUCUGUUCUCAUGCAGCCAACAUCAACUUGCGCCAAUUUGGGAUGGACUUGGGCGUGGCCAAGCAGAGCGAGCGUCGCUUUCGCCUCGUGUCUGAGCUGGCCCAGCAUACCGGCCUGGACAACGUCUUGCUCAAUACCUUAUUGAACAACAACGACUGGUCACCGGCACGGGCGCUCGAGGCAGCUGGAUACACACGUGAACAAGCCAGUAACAUUCUUACCAGAUUAUCCAACGUUUAUACGGAGCUAUCACAAAUGAUGACCCCUGCCACGUUUCUGCGUACCGUGGCCCCCCACGCCACGGCAUCAGCAAGCAACGCCCUUGAGAUGAUCGGGCAUCUGCGUGAUGGAUCUGUCCCCGUGUCGUUGGACAUCGACUUUGAUGCGCCGUACCACAAGACAGCUGUGGUAGUGACCGAGCCAAGCGGGCGUAUCUUGGACUCGCAAGAAGCACAAUUGUGGCAGCCUGAUGAAAGCUUUGUGCUCAAGCUGCGGCAUCGCGCUGAUGUCGCACGCGCUCUUCCCGGAGCCAAAGUGACUCAAGCGGUGGCCAUCAUGAAUAAGGUCCUUGCUCAAGAUCCAAGGACGAAAUUUGUCGUGUUUGCUUCGGUACGGUCGCUUGCGUUUGACCUGAUGCACUUGGAGACCUUUCGUCAAUUCUUUUGGGAGUGCAUCAGUCGGCUUGAGCCACCUUUAGAGCCUUCACAGCUUGAAGAUUACUUGAUAGAUGGGGCCACGACCGCUGCAAAUCGCAGCCAUCUACUUCAUGAAUUCAAGACGGCUGAGGACAUGCCUUUUCUUCUACUAUCCACAAAAGCCAACAAUGCAGGCUUGACACUCACCGUUGCAAACCACAUCAUCAUGCUGGAUGCCAUCCUCUCUCCAGGCGUUGAGGCCCAGCUCAUCAAUCGCGUGCAUCGAAUCGGGCAGUCGCGACCUGUCACUAUUCACAAGUACGUGGAUAUCAAGCCGUAUAUUCAAGGCUGA